AUGGCAGGAGGGGUGGUCCUGGUGCAGGGAGCCAGCAGAGGGCUCGGCCUGCACUUCUGCAAACACAUUUUAUUCGCACGGAAAGAGGCGAGAGUGAUCGCUACCUGCAGGAGCCCCGAAGCAGCCAGCGCCUUACAAGCGCUGCAAAGGCUGUAUCCCCAGACCCUCACUGUGCUGCGGCUGGAUGCCACUCGGGAGGCAGAGAUCCGAGAGGCAGCGGAAGCAGUGGCGAAGGAGCAUGGCCGGCUGGAUCUACUCAUCAACUCUGGGGCAAUGUUGCACCCCAGCGGCAGAGGAGAGAAGAGCUUGCAGGAGGUCUCAGCAGAGGGUCUUUCCAUAACAUUGGCAACAAAUACCAUAGGGCCCCUAGUGAUGGCUAAAUAUUUUGCCCCUCUGUUGCGGAAAGGAACUGGAGCAUUUGGACAUCAGUUUGCUGACCAGGCCAAACAGCAUAGGGCCAUACUGGUGAACCUGACAGCUAAAGUAGGCUCCAUAGGAGACAAUGCCUUAGGUGGAUGGUAUAGCUACAGGAUGUCUAAAGCAGCUUUGAACAUGGCUACCAAGAAUCUCAGCAUUGAACUUGGAAGAGGGAAAACUAAAGUGGUGUGUGUUUCUUUGCAUCCAGGAACUGUGAAUACCGACUUAUCAAAGCCUUAUCACAGGAAUGUUCCCAAGGACAAACUGUUCACCCCAGAAUAUUCAGUUAAUUGUCUAAUGAAUAUUAUUGAGAACCUUGAUAUGGUGAAAACAGGAAAGUUCUUUGCUUGGGAUGGAUCUGCACUACCUUGUUUGAAAGGUGAUACAACAGUGCAGGACAGAUCUGGUCAAAUCAAAUCUAAUGGUGACGUCUGA